AUGGGCUAUAUCAAGAUCCCUAGCUGCUCCACACAAGAGCAGUCAGCCGGUUUUGCAUCCAACAUCUGGGCUCGCCUGAAUAUGGACCCAAAGGACCAAUCUACCUGGACAAAGGAACGCAUUCACAUGCCAACGCACCAGUCAGUACUGGUAGCAGACUUCGCGCCUAAAGCAUGGAACGCAAUAUGUGAUCUCCUCGGCGGAACGUCGCGUAUCAAUACAGCCGCAUCUUCGAACUGGCGCGACAGCUUCAUUGUGAAUCUCGGCACGCCCUCCACUCUGAACAAACCAGCCACCCCACGCCAACUUUACGACUGGCACAUCGAUGGCGAUUUCUUCAUUCACUACCUUGACUCUCCCGAACAGGCUCUCCUCGUUAUCCCGCUCUUCUCCGGCAUCGCUCCCAACGGAGGUGGGACGUUCAUCUGUCCUCCCGCCAUUUCUACCGCUGCUCAACACCUAUACGAAAACCCAGCUGGGGUAAGCCCACGGAUGGUGCAGCGUCCAAAAUCGCCAGCGGAUGGAGAUACGUGGAUCUUCACGCUGAGUGAUUGGUUCAAUCCUGCGGUCCGGUCAUUCCCACCCUCUGCGUUUGUGGAAGUCACUGGACAGAUUGGGGACGUGUAUCUCUUGCAUCCGCUGAUGCUGCAUUCGGCGAGUAAGAAUGCGACCAGGGUGCCGCGGAUUAUUACGAAUCCGCCGGUGAGCUUGCGAGAGCCGUUUUGCUUUGAUAGGAGGGAAGAGGAUGAGUUUAGUCUUGUGGAGAGGAAGACGUUGAAGGCAUUGGGGAGGGAGAGGUUGGAAGGAUGGCAAAUUCGGGGGAGUAGGGAACGAAUUGUGCCAGAGAGGACGAAUAUAUUGGAGAGGAUGAGGAAGGAGGAGGCGGAGAGGUUGGGGAAUUGAAGAGUUUGGGAGUAUAACGAGUAAUGAUUGAAUAUAAGUGCUUUAUGGGACUUGUUCGCUUUAUUUAUAUUCU